UAGUCCCCUAGUGGUGAGUUCUCCAAGCUCCCAACGACGAGCAGGGAGCCUGGCAAUUGAGAGUUUAUUGAGUAUCGAUUCAUUUGAAAAAAAUAAAUACUCGUUCGUUCUGUUGUUGCAAAUCAUGGCCAUGAUUUCGAAGACUGCUAUGGGGAUUGCCGUUGGCAUUGCGGGGAUUGUCGUCGGGUACUGCUUUUACUUUGACCAAAAACGACGGAGUGAUCCGGAGUUCAAAAAGAAACUGCGUGAACGGAGACACGCCAGGAGGCAAGCUAAGAAGAGUGGAUCACAAAUUCCUGAUCUCAAGGAUCCUGAGGUUGUACAGAGGUUCUUCCUUCAGGAGGUACAACUCGGCGAGGAACUGUUGACUUAUGGUGACGUCGAGGGUGGAAUCGAGCACUUGGCAAAUGCCGUAGCUGUUUGUGGUCAGCCACAGGAACUACUGCGUGUCCUCCAGAAAACAGUCCCACCACAAGUAUUCCACCUUCUCCUGCAGAGAUUACCCGCCGUUGGACAGAAAAUCGCAUCACGAACCACCAUGGCUGAGGAGGAUGUUGAAUAAAUUGUCAAAUUGGUCAUUUCUACAUAAUAAAAAAAAUUGCUAGAAAAGAAAAA